GGCAACCGCUCGCUUGCACCCACCGCUCCCAACGUCGCCGAUGGUCUACUGGAUGUGAGCCCCCCACACACACACACACAGGUGUUGACGCCGCUGCUGCUACCACCUCUCCACGAUGGGAAAUACUCCUUCUCAAGGCAUGUCAUCCAAAUCUCCAUGCAUGGUUAAUUAGCAGGGCCCGGUGGAGAAAAGAGAACAAAAUUCCAUUCGGCAAGACGAGGUGUAGGAUGGGGGAGUGCUGUAAAAAGGAGAGCCCUCUUUUGGAACAGACGAAUGCAGAUCCUGUUUGCUGGCCCAGAAACAUGCCUCCUGCCAACCGAGACACAGGGCGCCCUUGCUGGUGGAAGCUGUGAAGGAGUGUGUGACCCCCUCGCCCAUUUACCAGGCUGGAACACAUGGAGCAGAGAUUUCUCCAUGACUCCUAUGAAACAUGGAUCAUACAACUACAAAACCACCUAUAACCAUCCACCUGUUACACAAGAUUCGGACAAGUCCAGCGCGCACAUGAUCUCGGCAGAUGACGUGGAGUACCCGCGGGAAUACCGCACCCUGGGCAACGGCACCCGCCGCUUCUCCAACGUGGGCCUGGUCCACACCUCGGAACGGCGGCACACGGUGAUCGCCGCGCAGAGCCUGGAGGCGCUCACCGGCAUGCAGAAGUCGGACAUGGACCGGAAGAGGGAGGCCUUCCUGGACCACCUGAAGCACAAAUAUCCGCAUCAUGCCACGGCCAUCCGCGGGCAGCAGGAACGACUCAGGGAGCAGCAGGGCUUCGAGGCUUGGAGCGCCUGUGAGUUCAGGGACGGAGCGAGCAAGAUCGAAGCCAAGACCCGGAGUCCGCGCCAUUCCCAGAGCCAGCAGUCGGGAUUGGCGGACCAGGCGGCCAAGCUACCAUAUGCAUCGGCAGAGUCGUUGGAAACCAUGUCGGAGGCACAAGUCCCAAUGGGUUUCACCCGAUCGAACCGCUUCCGGCAGAGCCUGCCUCUGUCCAGAUCCACCAGCCAGGCCAAGCUUCGUUCACCAGGGGUGCUGUUCCUCCAGUUUGGUGAUGAGACACGGCGGGUACACAUCACCCACGAGAUCGGCAGCAUGGACACCCUGCACGCGCUGAUCGUCCACAUGUUCCCGCAGAAGCUCACCAUGGGCAUGCUGAAGUCGCCAAACACAGCCAUCCUCAUCAAAGACGAGACGAGGAACAUCUUUUACGAGCUGGAGGACGUGAGGGACAUCCAAGAUCGAAGUAUCAUAAAAAUCUUCAGGAAAGACCCCAUCUAUGCACCAUAUCCAGUCUCCCACAUCGCCAAUGGAGAUCUACGGAGAGAGAUGGUCUACACGUCGAGAGAGUCCUCGCCCACCCGCCGGCUGAGCAGCGUGGCGUCGGGCUCGCCCCACCACCUGGUGUCGGCCUCCCCCGCGGGGUUGGGCCUGCAGCAGCAGCAGCAGCAACAGCAGCAGUCGUCGUCCUCCUGCUCCUCCUCCUCCUCGCCCUCCCGCUCCCGCAUGUCGUACAGCGGCGGGCGCCCGCCGUCCUACACGGGCAGCCCGGUGCACCACGCCGAGCGGCUGGCCGGGGGGAUGCCGCCGUCCGUCUCGCAGCCCGUCUCGCCCAGCCCCAGCGCCAGCGCCAUCUUGGAGCGUCGCGACGUGAAGCCGGACGAGGACAUGAGCAACAAGAACGUGGUGCUGAUGAAACACGAGAGCCUGUACGCCGACCCUUACAGCAUGGUGCACGACGGCCGCCUCAGCAUCGCCUCCACGCAGUCGCUGGCCGGGCUGCAAGACCCCUUCUCCUCCUACCCCGGCAGCGGCCUUUACCGCCGCGGCUCCAUCCGCUCCCUCAGUACUUACUCCGCCGCCGGGCUGCAGGGGGAUCUAGAAGAUUCCUUCUACAAACCCAACCCGCCGCUCUACGGCGACGGUUAUGGCGCCGGCCCCGCCUACAGGAUGGGCCCGUCUUCGCCUCAGAAGAUCCCCGAUGGCCGCAUGGUGGACGUCCAGCAAGGCCAGAGCCCGCACAGUCCGUACUCCGCAGCGUCCAGCCGCUCGCCGCCCGUGCGGCAGUCCUUCAGGAAGGAUCCCGCGCCGGUGGCCGUGGCCGCUGAGGGCCCGGCGGCGGCGACAGCAGCAACGGGGAAAGCGCGGGCAAACAUGGCCCCCGAGGCAGGAACGGAGAGGCCUGGGCCCGGCGAGAGGCCAGUGUCCGGCUACAGCUCCCCGCUGCCGCCCAACGACCCCGAGACAAGGGAACGAAUGGAAGCGAUGGAAAAGCAGAUAGCUAGUUUGACGGGACUUGUACAAAAUGCACUCUUGCGUGGGAAUGAAGGAGAAUCCAGCAGCGAUAAAUCUGAAUCAGUAAAUGACAGUUCGGGCACUGGAACUCUCAGCCCGUCGGUACGCACGGCUGCUGCCAACACCGUCACCGUCAGCCACCCCACCGCCAUCACCCGGCUCCAGAUGCAGCUCCACCUGCACGACCUCCAGCAGAACGCCAGCGACCUCAGGACGCAACUCCUGCAGCUGCGGAAACUCCAGCUGCAGAGCCAGGACACCUUGAAGCACAUGAUGAAGCGCUUGGAAUCGGAGAUAAGUGUCCGGGUGUCGGAAGCCCUGCGGAAACCGGAGGACCCGUUGCAUCGCCAGCGCGCCCUGGUGGAGGAGGAGAGGCAAAAAUACUUGAACGACGAGGAGAUGAUCAUACAGCAACUGAAUGAUCUCGAGCGCUCGGUGGACGAUUUGCAACGAGACGCAGCCUUGAGCCGGAGACUGAUCACCGGGCCUGAGCUGGAGGAGAAGGCCCUGGUUCUUCGGCAGCUGAGCGAGACCCUCACGGAACUGAAGGCCCAGUUCCCGAGCCUGCAGAGUAAGAUGCGAGUGAUCCUCCGCGUGGAGGUGGAGGCGGUGAAGUUCCUGAAGGAAGAGCCUCAGCGCCUGGACGUGCUACUGAAACGAUGCAAGACCAUCACGGACUCGCUUGCGACGCUGAGAAGUUAUUCGCCCCCUGCCUCUGCCUAUCCCACGGACAUCUACCCAAGGCAGUUCACCAGACAAGCCAAUGAGAUGCAGAUGAGAGGACCUGAGGAGGCAGCAUCCCAGUCUCCGAAGCACACGAGCACAGACGGCCAUUCCAGGAACUUGGAAUUUGAGAUUCCCACCAGCCCUCCCCUGAAUCUCCAGGAAACGCACAUGAACUUGUCCAAAAGCUGGCAGUCCCACAACACCAACCUGACCACCUUCUCCCACCACUCCCCUGCCCACGGCCACUCUUCCCACAACCCAGCGGGCAUGGUGCAGGGAGCCGCAGGCCAAAGCAACUCAGUGGACGAGGCCCCAGCCCCCAGCAAGAGGACGGCCGAUCGAACCGUCUCCGUCGAGGCUGCGGAGCGUGACUGGGAGGAGAAGCAUGCCGGCCUGCCGCCAAUCACCAACAAGGACAUCAGCCGGUUGCUGGAAGAGACGCAGGCCGAGCUGAUGAAGGCCAUCCCCGACCUGGGCUUCGGCAACAAGCCUAGGCCCGUCGCCACGCCGACCGCUGACCAGAGGCCUAGCAAACCGCAGCACGUCCAGAAACCAGCGAGCAAAGUCGACACCAACGGCCGGCGGCACUCAGAGGAGCUGACUGUGCACCGAUACAGGACUGAGAAACCGUCCAAGUCUCCACCGCCUCCCCCACCGCGUCGCAGCUUCCCCUCGACCCACGGGCUGACCACUGGCCGUACGGGGGAGGUCAUCGUCACCAGUAAGAAGGAGACUCCACUGAAGAAGGCCGACUCUGACGAGACGGACACACAGAGGCCGCACGUCAAGCUGCGGAGAACCAUGUCGGAGGCGAAGCCUCCAUCCACCCCACCGCCCGUGGUGGCCUCCGCCAUACGAGACGACGAUGAUGAAGACGAAAGGAUCAUGGCGGAGCUGGAGGUGUUUGAGAGGAGUUCAGUGCCAGCCCCAGGGUGGAGAGCUGUCAGUGGACAGGGUUUGCCAGCUCUGCCCACCACAGACACCAGGUCUUGCAGGCUCUGUCCAGCUGCCGGAGACCAGAAGGAGAUUCGAGUCCUACUUUGUCCGAGCCCUGCCCAGCUCCCUCAGAUUGUGUUGACUGAGUGCACACCUGACCCCUCGAGCCCGUCUGAACCCGACGUGCCCGAGCCGACACUGGCUGGAGAAACGGGGGGAGCCUUUGCCGAAGCAGUGACGCUUGGUGGGACAAUGGGGAACGUUGAACCAGCCGGUUCAACUCCUGCCGCGAGUCAGCAGAACACGUCCAUUUCCGAAACCUGGACACAAGACGCCCAGUCCUCCAUCGUGUUGGAAGAAUUUGCGCUGCUGGAAGCUGCCCUGGUCCAGGAUGUCCACACGUGGACACGUUCCCCUUCACCGGCCCAGCCGCCUACAGAAGCCCCAGAGACGCUCCUGGACAUCUCAUCCUUCUCUCCUUCGCACCUUCUCUCCAUUCACAAUGAGGCAGCAACCUCUGCAGCUUUGAUGGAAAACCAGAUCCAGGGCAUUGUGCGUGAGAAAGGAGAAAAUGGUUCUUCUUCAAAGGAUGAAUUGUUGGGGACUCUGCAGACUCCCGCUAGGCAGCCUGAGGAAACGGAGGUAAUGGACUCACCUGUGGACAAGAGGCCAAUAGUUGUCAUACUGGAAGAACCUACAGCCCUCAAGAGGCUUUCUACUGUUUUUGAGGAUCACAGCGAACAGCUUCAGACCAUGAGGGAAGAAUCUGUUGAGGAGAAACCAGCCUUGUCUGCUCCUGAUGAACCUCCAGUGGUUGACAGGUCCUCCCGCUCAGUAUCAAGAGACUGCACUUUCUUAGGAAAGCCAGAGGACUUGAAUUCUGAAACUGGCCAUUCUCUCCCGGACACUGGGACUCUCGAGGAUGCGGAGUUGAGGGAUGGCAACUCCAAGAACGUCAAGGUCUCUUCACCCAAUCGGCACCCGAAUGCCUCGGCUAAAUCCUGGGAAUCUCGGCCGGAGAUGGGCAGGAGAUCCUUGCAAAUCGUCGUGUACGAAGAGGAAGAGAAACUAGACCGGGUGACAGGUCGAACUCUGACGGAAGUGAAGAAGUUGCAGAUCAACGAGAUCGAGCAGGUCAGGAGCGGCACGUCCAGAGACCAGGCCUCGGCCGCUGCCUUGGCGAGGACAGAGGAGAUUAAGAACAGCACCUACAAAACCAUGGACAGUCUGGAGGAGACCAUCCGGGAGUUGGAAUCAACCAUCUCUCAAAUCAGCCAACAUCCAUGCACUGACUUCCUGCUUCCCACGGAGUUUCUGCCCGUCCCGAACAACCAGGAGAAGAGUGAGGACCCUGUGGACAAGGCCAGUGACCCAACCACUGAGAGAGGCAGCGGAGUGGGGCAUGAUGCUACACAUCCCAAGGACAGGUCAUCUCCUGUGCCUCCUGACUCCAGAAAGACCACAUCUCCAACCAAGGUCAAGCCGAACCUUCUCCCCAAACCCCAGCUGCUCUCUCCGGAUCCAAAGGGUGGGGGCUGGAUGCCCAUCCCACCGGCCCCAAAGCUGAAGCAGCAAAGCUGCGAGAAGUUGAAGCACAACAAGCAGCGGGAGGACUACCUGAAGCUGCAGGGCCACCAGGGCAACCCGCAGUGAGGCUCACAUCUCUUCCCUUCCCUCUCUGUAAUGACAAGGGGACAUUUUGUGGCAGGCUCAGACUACUUGCCACGGUCAGCCACUCUGACAAGACUGUUUGCCUCCCUGGCUCCUCGUAGACCUCAGACUAUUGGGGUUGGGGGGGUCCUGUCAUUACUGCUGCUAACACGGACGACCCCACAACCUGAAACCACCCUGUUUCUGCUUCCGCUCCCUGUCCCCAAUGUGCAGUCUCCCGCCCUGUCUGCUUCCCCACCCACUGUCAGUGCAGUGCCCAGAGGGGCCGUCACUGGCUAAGAUGCCCCAGUAACACUUCCCAUCCUGCAGCCCCCAACACUCUUGCUGAUUCUUCUCCUGUUCCUGCCCCUCCAUCUUGAACCUCGGUGACCCAGAGGAGAAUCAGAGCCAUGAAUCCACCCUCUCCCCUGUGCCCUACUCCUCACCCUUGCUCUCUUCCCCCUCUCCCCACACUCUCUCCCUCUUCUCCCC